AUGGACAACGGUCAACAAACUCACGGCCAACCCCCGAACCGCAACUCCAGGGCCACGAACCUGUUCCCUCCCCUCCUGAACGGCACCGGACAAGGUGGCGCCAGUAGUAUAUGGGCCAGUAACCCAAUUACAGACGGCCUUUCUUCUAGGGAGAAUGCAGGCGUGUCCGGUGCGUACAAGAGCUGGGAUACCGAGGGCGCAAAAUUGACACAACCCACAGCGCCCGGCCAGUCACUGCACUCUGCACAGAGGCCAAAUGGCAUCGGCGGAUCCGAUGGCAGCCGGUGGACCACUGGACUGGGAACCUGGACCUCUCCAGAUAACAUGCAGUCUCGCCCGAACCCAUCACGAAGCACAUCGCCUCCGUCCGCGUUUCAGAGCACUUCCAACACCUCCCCGUCCUUCAACCCAGGUCGCUUGACGAAUGGGCAAAGUAACACCUUCCCCACGUCUCUAUCCACCUCGAACAACGGCAUCAUCAGUCGCGGGAGUAUCUCGGGAGGCCCGCAGCCAGCGAGAGUAAACAGCUUUCAGUCUGGAUUUGGCGGCUUCCCACGCACCAAUUCGGGCACCUCUGCCUUCGAUGAGUCUGCGACAUCACGCGAAUCAGGACUGCCGUCGUCGAGGCACUCAGAGAGCGAAACACCGCUGCAAUUCAACAAUGACGUAUCUGGGUUCCCUCAGGGAAUCGCGUCGCAUUCCCGACACGCCUCUCGACCUUCCCUCAGCGCGGCGUCGUCUUCGUAUUAUCAGCAGCCGCCAAGCUCGAGAUCUCAGAGUCUCAACCCUCACAGUGACGAGGCUGCUCUGGAGGCUGCCCGCGCAGCCUUAGGCCGGGGAGCAUUAGCCAGCAACUCCCCAGGCCCUCGCUUCAACACAGUCCAAGCAAGCACACCCGCUCCUUCACAAUUUGGCCGGUGGGACUUUACGCCCACCAACGGAACCAACCAGAUCCCUACAUAUCCUCAAGAAUCCAGGCGAGAGUCGCUGGCAAUGAGCAUCAACCAGUCAGCAAUGAACAGCCCCAGAGCGUUCGGCGGCGGUAGGCCCGCGGAUAACUGGCCGACUCCAGUGGCACCGGUGGAUCUCGACCCAUUGGCUAGACUCCAAAGAUCACAGAGCCAGAUUUCCAGACUGGCCAACCAGUCGCCAUACCUCGAUCCUACAUUCAGCCAGAUCAACCAGGGCCAGAUUCCCGACCUGCAGACACAACUAAUGCAAUCAUUGUACCAAUAUCAAGGAUAUGCAAUGCCAGGACAGCAGUACUACCCUCCCACAGCUCCUGCUGCUUACGGAGCUCGGCCUGCGCGCAACCAGAACCCUUACGAGAACUACAAAGCAACGCCCCAGCUUCUGGAAGAAUUCAAGAAGACCUCGAAAGGUGCUAACAGGAAAUGGCAACUCAGGGACAUUUUCGGCUACGUGACCGAUUUCGCCGGCGACCAACAAGGCUCGAGGUUCCUCCAAGAGAAAAUUCCUGGCUCAAACAGCGAUGACAAGCAGAGAAUCUUCGACGAGAUUCUUGUCAAUGCCAACCAAAUGAUGACUGACGUUUUUGGCAAUUACAUUGUCCAGAAGCUCUUCGAAUAUGGGACCCUCGUGCAGAAGAAGCUUCUCGCUGCCAAGAUGCAAGGAAACGUGGUGGACCUCUCUAUGAAUAUUUACGGCUGUAGAUGUAUCCAAGAGGCUCUAAACUACAUACUGGUCGAACAGCAGGUCGAGAUAGCCAACGAGCUUGAACCUGACAUCAUCCGCCUCAUGCAAGGUGUUCACUCCAACCAUGUUGUCCAAAAGGUUCUUACCAAGCUACCCAGAGAGCGUAUUGACUUCGUUUACGACGCCGUCCGCGGCAAGGUUUACACGCUAUCGACGCAACAAUAUGCUUGCAGGGUCAUCCAACGGAUGAUCGAGCAGGGAACAGAAGCUGAUAGGGCUUUCAUCCUCGACGAAUUCCACCAAGUCGCGCACAAGCUGGUGACGGAUGACUGGGGCAACUACGUCGUACAGGCUGUUAUCAAGCAAGGAGGAGACCAGGCUCGCUCAGAAGUGAUCCGAAUAUGCAUCGAUCAGUUCCUGGCCUUCUCGAAGCAGAAAGUCGCAAGCAACGUUAUGGAGCACUGCAUCCAGUUCGGUUCAGAGGAGGAUCGGCUGGAGAUCUACAACUUGAUAAUGACCACCCGCACAGAAGACGGCACCGGUCUGCUACAAGCCAUGUGGAAGGACCAAUUUGCGAACUAUGUCGUUCGUGUUGAGCAGGAGACCCUGAUCAGGGAGAGCAGGCCUUAUUACCUUGCGAGGAAGAAGCCAAGCCGCCCGGAUGAGAAAUGGGCGAAAUUCGAGACGCUGAUGAGCAAAUUCAGAAGCACCGCCUCGAGGCAGGGCAGUAUUAGCAGCGCGAACGGCGAUCUGAAUGGCGUCACAGCAUCACGGCCGAGCUCACAAUCCGACAUGAACUCGGCGAUGCCUACUCCAGCGCUCACAACCGGCGGUAACAGCCCGCGGACUAGUUCUUCCCAAGCCACCAAUGACGGCGCAGCCGAGGCCGAUACAACUCAACCGUUGCGAGACCUUCUGAACAAGUUCGACGAGGCAAGCAUACGGGACAAGGUUCCAGCCUAG